GCUCACUUCCCACAAUCAAGACAAGCAGAUCACAUGAAAUUUUAUCAUGCAUAUUCUCUUCCUUUUGUUACUCUUCUCUAUGUCUGCAUGUCAUUGCUUUUCGGUGCUAGUGCUGAAGCUUUGAUACUUCCAAGGCCCUUCAACAACAAGAUCACGGCUGGUUUUGUUUUUGGAGAUUCGACGGUGGAUCCUGGGAACAACAACUAUGUGGGGACCCUCUUUAGGAGCGAUUUCCCUCCUUAUGGAAUGGAUUUUAAAGGCCAAACUCCGACCGGAAGGUUCACUAACGGGAAGCUCACCACCGAUCUCGUUGUUUCAUAUAUAGGCAUAAAGGAAUAUUUGCCACCAUAUUUGGAUCCCAACCUUAGCAUUGAGGAGCUGAUGACAGGAGUUAGCUUCGCCUCCGCCGGCACUGGAUUUGAUCCACUUACAGCACAGAUAUCUAGCGUGAUAUCAUUACCAAAGCAGCUGGAGUAUUUUAAAGAGUAUAAGAAACGACUGCAAUCUGCCAUUGGACAGAAAAGAAUGGAAGCUAUUGUCAAAGAAGCUGUGUUUCUCGUCAGUUGUGGCACUAAUGACUUCGUUGUAAACUAUUUCACCUUACCAAUUCGACGAAAGAACUAUACUGCUUCAGCUUAUCAACAGUUCAUCUUGCAAAAUUUGAAGCAAGUCCUGCAGGAUUUAUGGGAUGAAGGAGCUCGGAGAAUCACGGUUACAGGACUGCCCCCAAUGGGCUGUUUGCCGGCCGUCAUCACCCUCAAUUCCAAAAACGCCAUCCUUGAUCGUGGUUGCAUUGAAAAGUUUUCUCGGGCUGCCAUGGAAUAUAACCAAAUGCUCCAAAAUGAGCUCAAUUCCAUGAAGAGUAGAUUAGCUCAUCUCGGUGCAAAGAUCGCUUAUAUCGACAUUUUCACACCAUUGGUUGAUAUGAUUCAAGGCCUUGGAAAACAUGAUUUUGACGAGGUUAGCUAUGGAUGCUGUGGAAGUGGUUUCUUAGAAGCAGGAUUUUUGUGCAACCCGAAAUCAUUUGUGUGCUUCGAUGCGUCCAAAUAUGUAUUUUUUGAUUCAAUUCACCCAACUGAAAAAACAUACACCAAGUUAUUUAUGGCUAGUCGUCCUGUGGUUGAUUCAAUGAUUCAAGACUGAUAUUUGAUUUUGUUAAUUUUAAUAUAACUAAGAUGAUAUAUUUCUUUGCA